AUGGAGUCGUCUAGUGCAGAGUUGAUUAAGAAGACGAAUGGUCAAGCAGACGAAGAUGAAACAAGCAACAUACCGAUUGCAACCACAUCAAUGACACAUUGCUCAUGUGUUAGCGAAUUGCUGAAACGGAUCUAUAAUUUGCGAAGAACACAACUUACCUUCGAAGGCGAUCUUGCAUUUGUUACUAAUCAGGAACGGCGUUGGUCUAAACUUUUCUCAGACUUCAUAAUAGGUAAUGUGCAUUGUACAUGGGAAAAAUGUUCUGCUCAUAGUGAUGAUAUGUUAUGGUACGUACCAAUCCUACAACGUUCCAGUCAAAACUCGUUUACCAAUAGUCAUGGGAGCAGUCAGCUUCAAGUUUACAGACGUCAGAGCCCGAAACAGCCAGCUCCUAGUGAUGUUUCCAUAAACUGGGAAGAAACUGUUUGUUUGAAUCUCAUUCUCCAGCAGCUUGACUUUCAUGUAACUUGCGCUGUUUGCACAAAAACGAGCCCACAGAAUCUACAAAUUCUCCGUAAGAAUUGUCAGCGUGUAUAUCCAUCACCAAGUAGACGUCGUAUGGAUAGCAAAGGUGAAUGUGAGGAAAUAACUUAUCCAAAAAUAUAUUUCGCUAUUGAUGACUUCGAACAGUGUCGAGAAGCGGUUAUUUUCCUCGGUUCAAUUCGAUACGAAGUACUGAAACAAGUUUAUGACACACGGGCGUCAACUACUUGGAAUUGGGCUCAGAAAUUAAUUAGCAGUUCACAACGUCGACAAGAAUUUGUGCGUAUGCGAGGACCACAUGGGAAGGGUUAUGCUGAAAUGGCAGUUGCACGAGUGAUAAACUCUGGAUUUGAGACACCAAUGAGCGAUCAACCAUUUGAUUUCGACGAUACGAGCACGUUGGAUCAAUACAAUCGACGGCGUAUGUCGGACACAAAUCUGAGUCAUCGACCUGUUUAUAAUCGUUCAGCGAUGACCCCAGGUCCAUCAGGCUGUCAGCCGAGCCAAGCGCGGCGUUGGCAGAGUGAAGCAGACAGAGUUAACCAGUACCCUGAAGUGGAAGCAAAUGCUAUCGACGAAGAGUUAGAUGAGAACAUGCUGAGUCGUUUGUGGUCGGUGCGUGGUUUCGGUCAAGCUUGGCAUUGGUUACGAGAGAAACGAAGAGCAGAGUGCACUCCCCUGAAUGCGUACUUAACUUACAUUACACUCACUUGGUCAACUGUUUUAGAAGGUCGCAGUUCUAUGUGA